UCGAAAUCAGUUUUGACGAACAAGAGAGAGAAAGAGAUAGAGAGAGAAGAGUCGUCUAGGGCAGAAACAGAGAAAGAGAAAGAGAGAUGGGGAAGCAACCAGUGAAAUUGAAGGCGGUGAUAUACGCGUUGUCUCCUUUCCAGCAGAAAGUAAUGCCAGGUCUAUGGAAGGAUCUUCCGACCAAGAUCCAUCACAAGGUCUCCGAGAACUGGAUCAGCACCAUCCUCUUACUCACGCCUGUCAUCGGAACCUACACAUAUGCUCAGAAUUACAUCGAAAAGGAGAAAUUGUCACACAGAUACUAAAGAUUAUCCCCAUUUUGCGAUUUUCUUCAAUCAUGGUUGGGUUGUGUCAAUAAUUUUACUACUGCCCCUUAAUGGUCAUUGCCAUUUUGGUAUGUUGAAACUGUUUUAAAUCACUUUCUGCUAUUGUGUUUGUUAUCUUGACAUUUUGAACAAAACUUUAUUUACGAAUGUGACGUUUUUCAAGCUAUAAAGAAUGGUUGUAGCAUUAUUGGUUAGCUUAAGACAUUAUCAACAUAAUGUUUUGACUAUUCAUUUCAUUGCUCA